AUGCGUCGAUGGAUCGAUCAGCUGGACAAGAUCGAGAACAACAUCAACCACUACUGGAGCAAGCUCAAGUGCCCGCCCACCGACGGCGUGAACGCGUGGAAGAGCGCCUGGGACAGCUACGGCGUGUGCUCGGGCCUCAAGCAGCUGGACUACUUCAAGGCGGCGCUCAACCUCAGGAAGCAGGCCGACCUCCUCGGCGCUCUCGCCGACCAGGGCAUCCUGCCGGACUACAAGCUGUACAGCACGGCGAAGAUCAAGUCCGCGGUGACCGCGAAGCUGGGCGUCGAGCCGGGGCUGCAGUGCAGGGACGGGCCUUUCGGCAAGAAGCAGCUGUACCAGGUCUACCUCUGCGUGGACACGGACGCCAAGACCUUCAUCAAGUGCCCCAAGCUGCCGGCGACGCUGAGUUGCCCCGCGUCCGUCGUCUUCCACCCGUUCUACACCUGGAUGCUCAACUCCACCGCCGCCGCCGCCUUUGACUCCAAGAUCGUGCUCCCCACUCAGACCAUGUUGAACUGA